UUUAGAAAAUAAUUAAAAAGAGGAGGAAACAAUAAGAAAAAAUGGCUCUUACAAAUUUAGAAUGAUAACGGUUUUUAAAAAUCUGGUUGGUAAAAAAAACAGUCGUCUAAUCCGAUAAGGCUUGACAGCACUAAUGCAUAUCGGGGCGCAAAUUCCGUAACUUCAUCCAGAAAUAUUCUCUACCUAUAAAAACCAUUAAACAAUCUUUCAAGUCACAUAUCACAAAUCACAAAUCACAAAUCACAAAACUCAUAGAAUCAAAUCCAAUGGCGUCUCAAGAAACCAUUACCAACCAAAGAGAAGGAGCUGAGAUCGUUAAUGGCGCAUCAAUGUGCAAGCAAAAAGCAAACGAGAUGUUAUCGUCCAUGAAUCUACCAAAAGGACUUCUCCCUCUAGACAACAUGACAGAGAUCGGUUACAACAAAUCAACCGGUUAUAUAUGGAUCAAGAUGAACAACAAUGUUCAGCACCAGUUUAAAGCUAUCGGCAAAAACGUAUCGUAUGAUGCGGAGGUCACUGCGUUCGUUGAGAACCGUAGAAUGCGUGGUCUCACAGGAAUCAAGAGCAAAGAGCUUUUCAUUUGGGUUACGAUCACUGAGAUUUAUAUUGAUGAUCAAGAUACCACGAAAAUCACCUUUGCUGGUCGCUCGGGUUUGUCACGUUCUUUUCCCGUCUCUGCGUUUGAGGAAGAGGAGAAGUGAUAUAUGUCUAUGGUCUGAAAACUUUGCUUCAUAAACUAUAUAUAGCUAUGUAUUGUUUCCCUUCUUUUAUUCCAUAAAUAUGUAAUAUGUAUUAUUUAUCUGCAUCUUUCCGAUCAGAAAUACUUAAAACUAUAAUUUUAUAGAAACUUGUUUAUCAAUAUAAUUAUUAUUUUCUAUUUUGAAAAUUUAAUUCAUUAAUUUUCCAUAAUUUAAUUAAGUGUGUCCUUUGGUGUUUAAAAAAAGGAAAAUUCCUUUAAAAUAUUUCAACUAAAUUUUGUUAAGCUUUUUAAUGCCCAAACUUUUUUGCUAUCCAAUUUAAUACCUCAACUAAUUAUUUGGCCAUUUUAAUACCCAAACUUUUAAAACUGUGUUCAUUUUAAUACCCAGACUUUUUUUAUUUUAAUCAAUAAUAUCAAUAAGUUUCAAACGAAAUUUUAAAACCUUUAAAAUUCACAAAAAAUCUUAAAAAAUCUAGUUUUAUUUGAAGUCUUAUAAGUAAAAGUAACUAAAUUGUGGAUAAUGUUAAAUUGUAUAAAAAAAUUUAAGUUUUAAAUGUCAAAUUUGUUUUUUUUUUGGAAAUAGUGAGAUUUAAAAGAUUUUUUCUUAGAUUUUAGAGGUUUUUUAAAUUUUGUAUGAAACUUAUUAAUAUUUUUAAUUAAAAUAAAAAUAUUGGGUAUUAAAACGAACACAGUUUUAAAAACGUAUGUAUUAAAAUGAGCAAAAUAAUUAGUUGAGUUAUUAAAGUAGGAAUGAAAAAU